CAGAACCAACCAGAUCAGUGUUGACGUGAAUUUCAGCAGCGUGUGGAACAUGACACUUGUGGCUGCGAACCGCUUUUUUUUCACGCAGGUACCCACAAAAAUUGUUACUUCGGACCCCACAAAUCCUCGAAAUUGAAUCGAAAACGCCAGUUCUCUUAUCUCAGUGUGUCAGUUAUUAUUGAAUUCUCUACAUAUCCUGUUAACCCCUACUUAAAGUAUUAAGUGACAAUUACUCAAUCUGUUUGGUAUAAAUACAUUGAAAAAUGAAUUCCAAAAGUAGAGCCAGUGUGACUGGUGAUGAUUUGAGACAUGCCAAUGCUGAUGAAAGGGAAACAUUGUUGGAACAUGAUAGCGACCCAGAUGAGGAUAUGCUGUUCAGUCGUAGCAGCACAUCGUCCCUGGAUGACGUCAGAGUGCACAGAAAAAUAGACAGCGUUAAAAUACAAAUUCGCGAUGUAACAGAUGUAAUGCGCGAUAAUGUACAAAAAGUAUUGGAGCGUGGAGAGAGAUUGGAAGAUUUACAAAUGGCCAGUGACAGAUUAAAUAUCGCUGGUAAUGAAUUUCGUGAUGCAGCACGAAGAGCACAACGUAGAGCUUGGAUGCAGAAUGUCCGGUCCAGAAUGAUCAUCAUUGCUGUUACAGUAACGGUUAUAUUGUGUAUUAUUGUUUUGGAUGUCGCGGUACUUUAUCUGGUUUUCAAAUAACCGUCGUCCCUCCAUGGCCUAGAGCCAUGAAGGAAAUUAAGUGCCUAUGAUCAUAAAGUACUCCUGAGCGGUGGAUCCGCGGGAGUAUCAAGCAGACUUGGUAAAAAAUAUCCAGCUUCUAAUUUGACGAAAAGUUAAUACUUUUGGGAAGAACCUAUUUUUUAAGUAUUUAUAUGUCUUUAUAUACGUGUAUAUUUUCUAUUAUUCAUUAAAGAUUAGUUUUUCUAAAGUGA